GUCGCUUGUCAGUCUGGGUGUCAAUCACAUUGUCAAUAAAGUUAAUUUAGAACAAAAAGGCUGAUAAAACCUACUUUAGCUAGAUAAAUCUAAAUCUUCAUUGUCUUUAGAAAUAGAAGCUGAUACAAAUUAUGAAAGUAUUGAAGUGAUUUGAAGGCAAUAAAGUUCGAAGCCGUGAAAAGCAAUUUCCUUAGUUUUUUCUGUAAUCGACCGGUUGCUAUUUUUAAACUAUGGAGGCCCUUAUCCCUGUUAUCAAUAAGCUGCAGGAUGUCUUUAACACUGUGGGCUCCGACGCCAUACAUUUGCCUCAAAUAGUCGUGCUGGGAUCUCAGAGUUCAGGAAAGAGCUCCGUAAUCGAAAGUUUAGUUGGCAAAAGUUUUCUGCCUAGAGGCACGGGCAUCGUCACCCGAAGACCUUUAGUGUUGCAGCUACUCUAUUGUCCCAAAGAAGAUCGAGAGAAUCGAAAUGCCAAAGAUGGAACUGUGGAUAUUGAAGAUUGGGGCGUAUUUCUACAUGCUAAAGACCGGAUUUUCAGAAGCUUUGAGGAAAUACGCAAAGAGAUUGAAGACGAGACAAACCGAGUUGCCGGAAACAAUAAAGGAAUCUGUCCGGAACCCAUUAAUCUAAAAAUUUAUUCUACCAAAGUGGUCAACCUUACAUUAGUAGAUUUGCCGGGGAUUACAAAGGUGCCAGUUGGAGAUCAACCGCCUGAUAUUGAGCGACAAAUUCGAGAUUUGGUUGUUAAAUACAUCGCCAACCCCAAUUCGAUAAUAUUGGCUGUUGUUACUGCAAAUACUGACAUGGCAACAUCAGAAAGUUUAGCCAUUGCGAAAGAUGUAGAUCCGGAUGGUAGAAGAACACUGGCAGUAGUUACAAAGCUUGAUCUUAUGGAUGCUGGUACUGAUGCAAUUGAUAUUCUUUGCGGUAGAGUGAUUCCCGUAAAAUUAGGAAUCAUAGGUGUCGUCAAUAGAUCUCAACAAGAUAUAAUGAACAAUAAAAAUAUAAAAGACUCAUUAAAAGACGAAGCGUCGUUUCUGCAAACAAAAUAUCCAACACUAGCGGCCAGAAAUGGGACGCCGUAUUUAGCCAAGACUUUGAAUCGCUUAUUGAUGCACCAUAUCAGGGAUUGUUUACCUGAUCUUAAAACAAGAGUAAAUCUGAUGAUCUCUCAAUUUCAAUCUUUACUCACUUCGUAUGGAGAAGACAUAUCAGAUAAAAGCAAAACACUGUUGCAAAUUAUUACAAAGUUUGCAUCAGCGUACUGCUCUACAAUAGAAGGCACGUCAAGAAAUAUUGAAACGACGGAGUUGUGCGGCGGUGCUCGAAUAUGUUAUAUUUUUCACGAAACAUUCGGUCGAACAUUGGAUUCGAUUCAUCCUCUGGCCGGUUUAACAAAAAUGGAUAUUCUAACCGCUAUAAGAAAUGCGAAUGGUCCUCGUCCUGCCCUAUUUGUUCCAGAAGUAUCGUUUGAAUUACUGGUAAAAAGGCAAAUUCGAAGAUUGGAAGAACCUUCCCAAAGAUGUGUGGAAUUAAUUCACGAGGAAAUGCAACGCAUAAUUCAGCAUUGCGGCAAUGAAGUUCAACAGGAAAUGCUUCGUUUUCCGAAACUGUACGAUAGUAUAGUUGAUGUUGUUACCCAACUGUUAAGAAGGCGUCUGCCAACCACUAACUCGAUGGUUGAAAAUUUGGUUGCUAUCGAACUUGCAUACAUUAAUACAAAACACCCUGACUUCUUCAAAGAAAUCGCUCAAGUACCAUCCAUGAUCAAGUCGGGAGAGCCAUCAAGGCCAGCCAACAGACCCAAAAGUAUGUUCGGAAAGCCCGCACAUCAACAGCCUAUUGAACAAAACGAUUUGAUUCCUCCGCGAUCAAAUGGUGAUCCUUCCAGUCAAGAUCCUGGUGAAUUUUUUAACUAUUUGUUUCGAAUUUUACCGGUUUCAAGCUAUAACGACUUCAUGAAACACAUCCAGGCGCGCUCCAACAGCAAUCCGCAUCUGAAUGAUGAUGCGACUUCAUGGGUCUCAAAUCUGACUACCAACCAAAACGGCAUUAAGGAAAACAACGUAAAUAAUGAUAAUAGGGCGUUUGAUGCACAUGCCGAACACGAUCUACGGUCGGUUUUAAGUCCUGAUAAGCCGGUUAAUUUGUUGCCUCAAGUUCCUCUAGACGGAAGAAGCUACAGGAAUCUAUCGGCCAAUGAGGAACAUGAUUGUGAAAUUAUCGAGCGUUUAAUCAAGUCUUACUUCUAUAUUGUGAGAAAAUCGAUUCAAGACACAGUUCCAAAAGCCAUUAUGCAUUUCCUAGUUAACUUUGUGAAGGAUAAUUUACAGUCUGAACUAGUUACGUGUCUGUACAAAGCUGAUAAUGCUGAUCAACUGUUGGACGAAUCGGAGCAUAUUGCACACCGACGCAAAGAAGCCGGCGACAUGCUUAAGGCUUUGCAGCGCGCAUCCCACAUUAUAAGCGAAAUCAGAGAGACGCACAUGUGGUAAACAUGAGAACUUGUAUAGUGUUGAUCAUGGUAGACUUCUUAGACGAAACUUAAUUUGCGACUAGUUGAAAUUUAUUAUUUGUUGCUUCGUUGCGCAACAUGUUGUAACUAAAUUGCAUGUAUUUUGCUAUAUUUUUCACAGGUGGUAAUCAAGUUUUGUUUAUUUAUUAAUAAAUAUUUUGAAUCUGA